AUGUCUCUGAAGGUUCUCGUCAUCGGCGCGGGCAUCGGAGGGCUCUCUGCCGCCAUUGUUCUGCGCCAGCAGGGCCAUCAGGUUGAGAUCUACGAGAAGUCGCGCCUGGCCAGCGAAGUAGGCGCUGCCGUGCACUGCGCCCCGAACUGCACCGCUCUACUCAACCGCAUGGGCAUCUACCCCGAGACGUUCGGUGCCACGAGAUACGAAAGCAUCAAAUUCCACGACAAGAACACCAACGUCCUGUUUAGCAGCCGUCCCAGCGAAGCCGAGCGGAAGCACUGGCAAGCCGAAUACUUCCUCCUCCACCGCAUCGACCUGCACACCGCGCUGAAAGACCGCGCCCUCUCCGCCGACGGCCCCGGCACCCCCGCAACGCUGCACACCGCGAGCGGGGUAACCAAUGUAGACUGCGAUACCGCCACCAUCACGCUCGCCAACGGCACGCAGGUCACGGGUGACCUCGUCGUCGCAGCUGAUGGCAUCCAUUCCCGAGCCCGCAAGGCCGUGACGGGCCGCGACGUGCCCCUUUUCACGUCCGGCAAGUGCGGCUACCGCUGGCUCACCCCGACGUCAGCCCUGCGGGACGACGCCGAGACGAGGAUGUUCGCCGAAGAGACGGGCCAGUGCGUGCAGGUGGGCGGCGAGAACAGCAACGGCGACUUCAGGCGCAUCGUCUUCUACCCGUGCUCAGACAAUAAAGUCAUGAAUGCCAUUGCGUUCGUGCCGACGGCGGAGGUGGGGCCGGUGCAGAGAGGGCUGUCCGGGUACAACCAAUCCGCGAACAGGGGAAAGCUGAUCCACCACUUCGAGGGCUUUUCCUCGCCCGUCAUCCGCAUGCUGGAGAAGGCGCCGGCGGACGAGGUUAUGCUUUGGGAUUUGCUGGAUAUGGAGGUCCUGCCGAGCUUUGUCAAGGGCCGCGUGCUUCUGCUCGGGGAUGCUGCGCACCCGUUCCUUCCGUACAUGGGCCAGGGCGCCGCUCAAGCCGUUGAAGACGCCGCUGCGUUGGGAGUCUGUCUUCCGGCCGGCACGUCGGCCGCUGAAGUCCCGGAGAGAGUGCGUAUCUGGGAGCAGUGCAGGAAGGAGAGGGCAGAUUACGUGCAAGAAGUCACCAGGAUUCGCGGGCGGGAUCCAAAUGGCAAGCAAGGACCGCCGCAAACGACCGAAGAAUUCGCCAUCGCCAUGAAGAACUGCGUGUCUCAUAACGCCUGGGAUCACGCUGAGAAGGUCAUGAGCGCUUUGGCAAGGGAAGCGAACGUGGAGACGAUAUCCGCUUCUUUGUGA